AUGACUGAAAGUUCAAUAGAUGACCAAAGAUUGAAUCUUACAAGGGAGCUACAAAGCCAUUCAUGUGAAGGUCAAAAGAAAAUAACACAAAAGGGCAAUGCUAUAGUCUCUACAAGUUACAGUUCUUUCCAGCACUCAUUAAAUGCAGGCCAUAAAAGUGUGAGCAAUGGAAGCACUGUGAGGAGAAGUAUAAGGUCCAUUUUUAGAAGGCCAGCAGAGUUACCUAGAGUUCAUAUGGGGCCCCUUACUUAUUCGCAUUGCAUAAAUGAGCUUGUUGAUAAAAAACUAAGAAACGACUAUGAUCUCAGCACGUUAUGUCGCGCAUUACAAAGAGGGCUCCGAAUGAUUAGGAUAACACGAAGAAGAAGAAAGUUUUAUGAAUUUAAAUUAAUCAACAACAACGGACAAAUAAUAUGGAAAGAGGGCUCGAAGUACCUUGAGUUAGACUCCGUUAAAGACAUUAGAAUCGGUGAUAUGGCAAGUACUUAUCAAGAGGAGGUUGAUCCAAAAAGAUUAAGGUCAGACAGUAAACUCUGGAUCACUAUCAUUUACAAAGUUUCAAAUAAACUGAAGGCAUUACACGUUGUGGCUUUGAAUGAACUGGACUUCAACAGAUUUUUGAGCUGCAUUUGCGGCUUAGUAAAGUUAAGGAGGGAAUUAAUGGAAAGCAUACUUUUGCCGGAUAAUUCCCAAUUUGCCAGGAUACAUUGGCAGAUAACUGUCUCUGAGAAGGAAGAAGAUGAAAAAAAGGAUACGUUGAGCUUCACGGAUGUGAAGAAACUGUGUGACAAAUUUCAUACUUAUGUGUCGACAGGCCAAUUGUUGCAAUUUUUUCAGUUGGCAGAUAUCAACCAUAAUGGGUUAUUGAAUUAUUUUGAGUUUGAAAAGUUUGUUAGGAUUUUAAAGAAUAGGAAAGAGGUAAAUAUAAUUUGGUCUAAAAUUACAAAACCUCCGCAUUCACAUUUAUCAUUUGAAAGUUUCUUUCAAUUUUUAAUUGCGGAGCAACAUGAGCAGGUCGAUCGUGAAACUACAUGGUCCCUGUUCGUUAAAUAUAGAGAACCAAGUCAGCAUGAAAUGGGGAAAGAUGGUUUUACUAAGUUCUUGAAAGAGCAGCCAUAUUUGGUCGACGUCAAAGAGGAGUUAUAUUCGAAGCCCUUGAAUCAUUACUUUAUUGCAUCUUCACAUAAUACGUAUCUAUUGGGGAAACAAAUUGCAGAAACACCAUCAGUGGAGGGUUAUAUUCAAGUCCUGCAACAAGGUUGUAGAUGUGUAGAAAUUGAUAUUUGGGAUGGUGAAAACGGACCCGUGGUAUGCCAUGGAUUUUUAACGUCGGCUAUUCCUUUAAGAACUGUAAUACGUGUGAUAAAGAAGUACGCUUUCAUAACGUCUCCGUACCCUUUAAUUAUUUCAUUAGAAAUAAAUUGCAAUAAGGACAAUCAGAAAUCGGCGAGUUUAAUAAUGAGAGAGGUUUUAGCAGAGCAGCUUUACUUUGUUGGGACAACUGAUAGAUUACCAUCACCCACAGAAUUAAGACAUAAAAUACUAUUGAAAUCUAAGAAAACGAAUGAACUAAUUGGAAGUGUUAACAUCAGCGAACCAUUUCCAUCUUCUUUCAGUUCUUCUUACGAAUCGUCAAAUGAACAGGACUUCAAAAUGAAGGAUGAUCCUGUGAACAGCAGUAGCACAUCAAACUCUUCUAGUAUGCAGCGCAUCAAAAGAAUUGGACUAAAAAAGCAUGUCGAUAUAAUUAAUGAUGUUUCCAGCAUUUCUGGGAUACAUGGCAUCAAAUUCAGAAAUUUCUCCCUACCGGAAUCUAAAACGACAGCACAUUGUUUUUCACUCAAUGAACGUAAAGUGGAAUACAUGAUCAAGGAUAAAUAUUUAAAACUGUCUUUGGAUAAACAUAAUAGGAGGUAUUUGAUGAGGGUUUACCCCCAUGUUUUAAGGUAUAAGUCAUCGAACUUCAACCCUAUCCCUUUUUGGAAAGUAGGAGUGCAAAUGGUAGCCACAAAUUGGCAAACGAAUGAUAUUGGACAACAACUCAAUCUGGCCAUGUUUCAAAUAUUGGAUCAUCAAGCUGAUGGGAGUUUCAAAUCGGGAUAUGUUCUCAAGCCAAAAAAGUUGUUACCUAUAGUGACAAAGGCCAAAAUGAUCCCAUUGCUUUAUGACCAUUUUGAAAAAGAUAAUGAUCCAGUGACUGUAAAAAUUAGAAUUUUAUCGACACAGUUAUUGCCGAGAUUAAAUGAUACAUCACCAAGCAGAAACAACACCAAUUCCUUUGUUAGGGUAGAGUUUCACACAGACCACGAUCCGGUAACACCCGUCUCGAUUGACAAAGGUACAAGGAUUUCCGGCACGGAAGCGUCUACUAAAAGUUCUCAAGGAAAUGGAUUCAACCCAAUAUGGGAUGCAGAAGUUUCGAUCACACUGAAUGAUACGGAUCUGACAUUUAUAAAAUUCAUGGUUGUCUCCGAAGAGGCCCCGAUUGCAUCUGUUUGUCUUAAGUUGAGCCAUUUGAGGAUGGGUUACCGCCACAUUCCGCUGUUUAAUAUGGAGGGAGAACAAUACAUCUUCUGCACUUUAUUUAUUCAUACACUAAUUUUAUAA